AUGGAUCACCAAGAUCUGAAACCUGUUAUAUGGCACAAAACCGAAAAGAAGACUAAGCCAAAAGAUAUUCAUGAAGCGAGAAAGUUAGGUAUUGACGUAGAAGUUGAAAAGAAAUAUUUUGGUGGAAAGAAUAAAUCAAGCAAAGGAAAUUUAAUAAUAGAAAAUAAAGCAAAAAUUGAACAAGAAACUGAGAAUUUUAAAAUUGAUAGAGUUACACCAGCUUUUUCUAGAGCUUUACAACAAGCAAGAAUUAGUAAAAAAUUAACGCAAGCACAAUUAGCUAGACUUGUUAAUGAAAGUGAAUCUGUUAUUAAGGAAUACGAAAAUGGAAAAGCAAUACCAAAUAAUGUUAUUAUUCAGAAACUUAAUAAAGUCUUGGGGGUCAAUUUACCUUCACCCAAGAAAAAAUAA